AUCUCCCACAUCAAGACUUCACGAAGCCUCCACAUCAUGUGCCACAUCCCGGUCUUCUGCUGGAUCACUGCUACAGUUCUGGAGGAUGUGUUGGAAACCAGAGAGGGAGGAGGGCUGCCUAAGACCCUGACUGAGAUGUACAUCCACUUCCUGGUGGUUCAGUCCAAACUGAAGAAUGUUAAGUAUGAUGGAAGAGCUGAGACAGAUCCACACUGGAGUAAAAAGAACAGGAAGAUGAUUAAGUCUCUGGGAAAACUGGCUUUUGAGCAGCUGCAGAAAGGAAACCUGAUCUUCUAUGAAUCAGACCUGACAGAGUGUGGCAUCAAUAUCAGAGCGGCCUCAGUGUACUCAGGAGUGUUCACACAGGUCUUUAAAGAGGAGAGAGGACUGUACCAGGACAAGGUGUUCUGCUUCGUCCAUCUGAGUCUUCAGGAGUUUCUGGCUGCUCUUCAUGUCCAUCUGACCUUCAUCAACUCUGGAGUCAAUCUGCUGUCAGAAGAACAAUCAACCUCCAACUGUUCUAAACUGUUCAGAGACAAAGCUGAUCCAACACAGCUCUACCAGAGGGCUGUGGACAAGGCCUUACAGAGUCCAAAUGGACACCUGGACUUGUUCCUCCGCUUCCUCCUGGGUCUUUCACUGCAGACCAAUCAGUCUCUCCUACGAGGUCUGCUGACACAGACAGGAAGUGGCUCACAGACCAAUCAGCAAACAGUCCAGUACAUCAAGAAGAAGAUUGAAGAGACUCCCUCUGCAGAGCACAGCAUCAACCUGUUCCACUGUCUGAAUGAACUGAAUGAUCGUUCUCUAGUGGAGCAGAUCCAGCAGUCCCUGAGUUCAGGACGUCUCUCCACAGAUGAACUGUCUCCUGCUCAAUGGUCAGCUCUGGUCUUCAUCUUACUGUCAUCAGAAAAAGAUCUGGACGUGUUUGACCUGAAGAAAUACUCUGCUUCAGAGGAGGCUCUUCUGAAGCUGCUGCCAGUUGUCAAAGCCUCUAACAAAGCUCUACUGAGCAGCUGUAACCUCUCAGAGAAAAGCUGUGAAGCUCUGUCCUCACUUCUCAGCUCCCAGUCCUCUAGUCUGAGAGAGCUGGACUUGAAUAACAACAAGCUGCAGGAUUCAGGGGUGAAGCUUCUGUCUGCUGGACUGAAGAGUCCACACUGUACCCUGGAGACUCUCAGACUGAGCAGCUGUAACCUCUCAGAGAGAAGCUGUGAAGGUCUGUCCUCAGUUCUCAGCUCCCAGUCCUCUAGUCUGAGACACCUGGACCUGAGUAACAAUGACCUGCAGGAUUCAGGGGUGAAGCUUCUGUCUGCUGGACUGAAGAGUCCACACUGUACCCUGGAGACUCUCAGACUGAGCAGCUGUAACCUCUCAGAGAGAAGCUGUGAAGCUCUGUCCUCAGUUCUCAGCUCCCAGUCCUCUAGUCUGAGAGACCUGGACCUGAGUAACAAUGACCUGCAGGAUUCAGGGGUGAAGCUUCUGUCUGCUGGACUGAAGAGUCCACACUGUACCCUGGAGACUCUCAGACUGAGCAGCUGUAACCUCUCAGAGAGAAGCUGUGAAGCUCUGUCCUCAGUUCUCAGCUCCCAGUCCUCUAGUCUGAGACACCUGGACCUGAGUAACAAUGACCUGCAGGAUUCAGGGGUGAAGCUUCUGUCUGCUGGACUGAAGAGUCCACACUGUACCCUGGAGACUCUCAGGUUGUCAGGAUGUCUGAUCACAAAGGAAGGCUUUGCUUCUCUGGCCUCAGCUCUGAGCUCCAACCCUUCCCACCUGAGAGAGCUGGACCUGAGCUACAAUCAUCCAGGAAACUCAGGAGUGAAGCUGCUGUCUGCUGGACUGGAGGAUCCACAAUGGAGACUGGAUACCCUCAGGGUGGAGCCUGGUGCAGUCCGAUGCUUGAGACCAGGUCUGAGGAAGUAUUUCUGUGAACUCACCAUCGACACAAACACAGUAAACAGAAAGAUCGAACUGUCUGACAACAACAGGAAGGUGACACAUAUGGAGGAGGAUCAGUCAUAUCCUGAUCAUCCAGACAGAUUUGACCAGUGUCCUCAGCUGCUGUGUAGUAAUGGUCUGACUGGUCGUUGUUACUGGGAGGUCGAGUGGAGUGGAAGGGUUGAUAUAUCAGUGAGUUAUAGAGGAAUCAGAAGGAAAGGAGACACAGGAAACUGUUUGUUUGGAUGGGACGAUCAGUCCUGGAGUCUGUUCUGCUCUGAUGAUGGUUACUCUUUUUGUCACAAUAAGAGAGUGACAUCUGUCUCCUCCUCCUCUUCAUCAUCUUUCUCUGUCUCUCACAGGGUAGCAGUGUAUGUGGACUGUCCUGCUGGCUCUCUGUCCUUCUACAGAGUCUCCUCUGACUCACUGAUCCACCUCUACACCUUCAACACCACAUUCAAUGAACCUCUGUAUCCUGGGUUUGGGUUUGAGCUCUGGUCGUCUGAUUCCUCAGUGUCUUUGUGUAGAGUGUAGCAGAGAGAGUCUCCUCCUGUUAGAGAAACUCUCUCACUGUUGAACAGAUAGUUCAGUCUGUACAUGUCUGUCUCUUUCACUCACACACACCUUUUCAGAUUCAUGUAUUAA